CUGUAUUUUAUUGUAUCAAAAUGGCGACAGUCAUUCAGAAUCCUUUAAAAUCGCUGGGUGAGGAUUUCUACCGCGAGGCCAUUGAGCAUUGCCGUAGCUACAAUGCGCGGCUGUGCGCUGAGCGGAGCAUGCGGCUGCCGUUCCUGGACUCCCAGACUGGCGUCGCCCAGAACAACUGCUACAUCUGGAUGGAGAAGACGCACCGGGGCCCAGGAUUGGCCCCAGGACAGUUAUACACCUACCCAGCUCGAUGCUGGAGGAAGAAGAGACGUCUAAAUAUCCUGGAAGACCCAAGACUAAGACCCUGUGAAAUUAAACUUGAUACUGAGGUGGCUCUGAAGAAGGAAGGCCUGCUCCCUGAGGGUCCGGCCUUGGAAGCCCUGCUGUGUGCGGAUACGGGAGAGAAGAAAGCGGAACCGAAAGACGAGGAGAGCAUCAGUGAGUGCCAGAGGAUCUUAGCGAGUGACUUCCCUCACGAGAUCGAGGCUGACGACCUGGAGGAAGACACGCCAAAGCGGAAAAAUAAAACCAAAGGAAGGACCUGUGGCAUUGGAGGGAUGCGCAAGAGGCAAGAGCCGACGUCGUUGGAAGAUCGAGAUAAACCGUACGUCUGCGACAUCUGUGGAAAACGGUACAAGAACCGACCAGGCCUGAGCUACCACUACACUCACACUCACCUGGCGGAGGAGGAGGGCGAGGAUGAGUUGGAGCGCCACACUCUGCCUUUCCAUCGAAAGAACAACCACAAACCUAGGAAAGCCCCCGAUGGGACCAUCAUUCCGAACACCUAUUGCGAUUUCUGCCUGGGCGGGAUUUCUGGAAAUAAGAAGACUGGGUGUCCCGAGGAUCUAAUAUCCUGUGCAGAUUGUGGUCGUUCAGGCCACCCAUCGUGUCUGCAGUUCACCGUGAACAUGACCGCUGCGGUAAGGACCUAUCGCUGGCAAUGCAUUGAGUGUAAAUCCUGCAGCCUCUGCGGUACCUCAGAGAACGAUGAUCAGUUACUGUUCUGUGAUGAUUGUGAUCGAGGAUAUCACAUGUACUGCCUGAACCCACCGAUGUCUGAACCUCCUGAAGGCAGUUGGAGCUGUCAUUUGUGUUUACAACAGUUGAAAGAGAAAGCCUCAGCCUACAUCACGUUGACCUAAAAGCCGACGUCGUCAUUGGUGCGUUGGUGCCAAUGACCCUGAAGUUUUGCUCGCCCUGCUCAGAAAGGUGACCCGGUUCCCGAAACCUGGCACUGAAACCUUGUGAGAUUGUGA